AUGUCGUCUUCCUCUCGCAAAAAGGCGUCUGCUGCGCCAGAUCCGAAAGCUAAUAGUGCUAGCCCGGCUAAAGGUGCUGGGGCAGGGCCCCUAGCCGCUAGCGCAGCACGAGGCGAUGAGACCGCCAUUCUACAGGCCAUUCAAUCUCUCAGAGAGGACCUGCUGAAGAAAAUCGAUGACAACGCCGAGAUGCAGUCCAAAGAAUUACGACGUGAAAUAAGCCAACUGAGGGACGAGCUGAGAUCCGCCUUUGAUCGCGUCAGCAGCCGCACCAAGUCUUUGGAGGACCGGGUCGAGAGCCUGGAUACUGCCGCUAAUGAUCACUCAGACCUCAUUACCACUCUCGAACGAGACGUGCAGCAGAUAAAAAAGGAUAUGAAAAUCUUCGCUGACAGGAGUGAGGACCUGGAGGCGCGAUCUAGGAGGUGCAACCUCCGCAUCACCGGGAUACAAGAAAAACGGGAGGCAGGGAAGAACCCAACUGACUUUGUAGCUAAACUACUCCAGGAAACGCUGGGCUUAGAAAAAGAGCCACUACUAGACAUAUGCCAUCGCACCCUACGGGAACGGCCCCAGGAGGACCAGCCACCCCGCGCCUUUGUGGUGAGAUUUCACUAUUACCGGGAGAAGGAAGCGAUCCUCCGCAAGGCAGCCACGGCCACAGAUCCGACAACGUCACACGGAGACAGGAUCAGAGUAUUCCCCGACUACACCCAAGCAGUCGCGAAGCAGAGAGCCACCUUCAGGGAUGUGAAAGGCAUGCUAAGAGGCUGUGAUGGUGUCAAGUACGGACUGUGGUAUCCCUCAGUUCUGCGGAUCACAACGGCCGAUGGAAAGCGACACAGUUUCACAGACCCGGGGGUGGCGAAGGACUUUGUUUUGAGGAACGUGGCUAAACAGAGCGGCUAAGAUGCUAGGCCUGGAAAAGGAAGACGGGGAGGAGGAGGA